AUGGCGUUUGCUGGGACAAAUGUUAGUUUGUCCCAGCCGGAUAUAACGCAAAAACUGACGGAGCGCAUAGACGAUCUGAAGCAAAGAAUCGCUGCUUGGGGAAAGCGGAUUCGGCGAUAUACCGAGAGGUCGACACGGUUCAACCAGAAUCGUCUCUUCCAGAGUGAUCAGAAGAGGCUCUACAAAUCAUUGGAGCGACUAAUAGUAAGUGGAACGGGCCCAGCACCAAAUCAGACCGACACGGUCGCAUUCUGGCGCAGCCUGUGGUCAGAGCCCGUAAACCACAACGAGGGCCCUUGGACGGCAGUUGUGGUGAGUCAGUGUACGGGUAUUACGCUCAUGGAUCCCGUCACCAUAACGCCGGAUGACGUAGCUGAGGCGGUCCGUAGGGCCCCGAACUGGAAAAGUCCGGGGCUUGACAGGCUGCAUCACUACUGGCUGAAGGGGUUCAUGGUGUGUCACGCUGUGCUCGCCCGACAAUUUCAAGAGGCUCUCAACCAGAAGUCGCUCCCAAGCCUCUUCACUUACUGGGAUCACUCAUUUGGUUCCUAA